UGUCUCGCGAGGUAAGCGCAAAUAGACUCUAUGUAAACAUUUCUAAAAUUAAGAUUCCCGUCACACCUGAGCUUUUGGAUCCUUGGAUAGACAUUAGAUUAUAAUCGAGCAAGUUUGAUUGUCUUACGAGUACUGUUUUUUUCUAUCCAAUAGUUGGUUUAAUUUCCGCAUACGGAGGUCUUGAGGAAAGGGAUAUAUUUAUCAUAAAAAAAUCGGAUAUUAAGGAGAUAAAAUACAGGAGUUUAUAUCGCUGGGAUAUUGUGAAGUAUCUAAGAGAGAAGAUGCCCGUUGUAACGUGUUGUGUGAACUUCUGUGCGGUGGGCAUACCUCUGAUUGUCAGUUCGUUUGUCAUGGUGUUUGCCUUCGUGCUACACUUGUGUGGAGCUGUAUCCCCCGCCUGGUUCGACUUCACGUACACCGGCACCUCGGCAGGGACUAGCGGAUACCAGGGACUCUGGGGCCAUUGUACCAUCGCCAAUGACAAUGUGUGUUGUGGAACGGUCAGCAACUACUACAGCACCAACGGAGGAGUCCCAGAAUGGCUGACGGCGUCCCAGUACAUGGUCGCUAUAUCGUUAUGUUCGGGUGUUGCCUCAGUAGUCCUCGUCUUUGUUGCGUCAUGCUGUGCGUCCAAGACGAUCGCCAUCCCGGCUGUGGUCUGCUCCAUCCUUACAACCCUGUUGUUAGGCGCUGCUGUGAUCACGUUCGGGUCGUCUGUGUCGUCGGAGAGCUGGACAUCCAGGUCCGACUAUAAUUUCGCGUUUUUCUUUGUUCUAUUCUCCAUGAUCGGAUAUACAGGAUGUGCCGUUCUCAUCAUAGUUGGCAUUUGUACAGCAACUGCCAUCACAGCAGUUGUACCAGGACCUUUGUAAUACACAGCCCUGCUGACCUCCUAGAUCACAGCAAGUCAUGCCUAUGGCUGACCUGGGAUACUCUUCUACUUAAGUAGACCUUUUAAAUGACAGACGUUGAUCCUGAUUCUACAUUGUUUACCUGGAAACAACUGCCUAUAAAAAGGCUGACAUAGGAAACUCUUAGUCUCAUUUUAUAUGUAUGAUCUGGGAAAGUAUCAAUAAACUGCCCUAAUCUGAUAAGUUCAUUCCUAUAUCACAAUGCUAACCCUGAGUAAUAGACCUCCUCAAUGAAGGGUCAUCCACAUACUGUAUAACAUGAAAGGUUUGAUGUGUAUAAACAUUCAAGGUUUUCAUGGUUGCUGUUGAACCAUGAAAAUAAAUAUAACUUAUUUGAAUGAUUGUAUGUGUCUACUGUUUGUUAAUGUAGGAUAUCCACGAAUGUUUCAACUGUGUACCACCAAACGAUCUAAAUGGCUUCAAACCACUAAGGAAAGUACCCACAAACAUUUCCUGUUGUACAGUACUACUAGCCUCAGUACAUAUACGACAAAACGGUUCCUUCACGUUUCCAAUGUUUGGUUAGGAUUUUUUUGUAUCAUGUUUGUUGGAUUUAUUUGGCGAAUCUUUUUUUUUUUUUUUUAUUAAUUGCUAUUUCAACUAGGAGAUAUGGAAGAAUAUUUUCUGGGACAGUACUGGUAAUAUCCAAAGGCAUCGGACAAGAGAUCGACUUUGUCUAUGAUCAUUUAUGUACUAUUUGCUCAAUGUCCAGCAAAACAUCAAUAAUAAUUAGGUUAUUUGAAUAUAUGUUAUUGUUUAACUAUUUUAUAUUUAUUAUCUCAACUAAUAUUUCGACUGUGUAUCAUUUACAUUGUUUAAGGAGUACCUUAUUAAUCAGUUGUAUGUAAAUUCCGUCCCAAUAUUGUUUGUUUUCUCUUUCACAUAUCUUGUAAUGCAAAAAUUAAAAUAUUGUAAUGAAGAUGAUCUGGUUUGUGCUUUCUCUUAAACCUUCAUGUCAUGUUAUCUUUAGAGGAAAAUGGUGAAAACCUUUUUUGUUUCACUGUAAAUAGUACAAAUGAAAUCACACAGCGGCAUAUGAUAAUUAUAACCACAGAGCUAGUUUAGUGAAGAAUUUCUUGUGUAAUACAGCCUUUACAAGAGAAGUCCUCAA